AUGCAGUCAUCACGCUCGCCACUCCUCGACCCUGAGACCUAUUCCCUCUGGCCCAACCUCCAUGUAGUGGGCAUCAACCUGGUAACAACAUGCGCCUACGCAGGCUUUCUUGACUGGGCAAAUAACUCGCCCUGGAGGCGAUCCUUCAAGGCCCUCAGCCGCCGUCAAAUCAAGGCGUCACUGCCGGCCCGAUCACCAAAGUACGUCCGCAGGCUCUUCAUAUGGGGCGUCAUCGGCGCCAACGUCGCCGUCUCCGUCGCAUGGGCCCACGCCGCAGAAGAGACCGCGGCGGUGCUCGAAUCGUGGCAGCAGCAGCAGCAGCGCGGCUGGCCCCCCCUCCUCUUGGUCGCCGCCCCCCGUAGCCUGGAAUUCAUGGCCGGGAACUUUGCGCUCUCGGCUCUGAACCUUCGCCAGGGCCGGUGGUGGACUGUGUUGACGUGCGGGUUCAGCCACUACGCGCCCGGACACCUGGUCGCCAACAUGUGCAGCUUCUACCUCUGGGCGUCACGGUGCUUCGACCUGGGCCUGGGGCCCGGAGAACUCGCCGUCCUGAUGCUCGGUUCGCAGAUCUGCGGCAGCGUGGCCGGUCUUGCACACGGGGGUUGGUGGGAGCCGAGCUUUUCUCUUGGGGCUAGUGGUGCUGUUUAUGGGUUUAUGGCGGCGGCGGUCCUCCUGGAGCCUGUAGUGGCCUUUCAGAUUCCACGAAUCGGCAACUUUUAUCACUGUGUCUUCGCUCCAGCAGUGAUAAGCUGCGCGUCCGACCUCUUCGCCGCGCUCUCCCGGAGCCAUGGCCUGACCAUCCCCUCGCUAGCCAGGGAACCUAUACCAGCUUUCCGAAGAGACAAUAUUAAUCAUGCGUGUCACCUGGGUGGCGCGGCUUUUGGUGUGGCAUACUGGCUGUUUGGGCUGAGGUCUCAUUUUGGCAUGUGGUGA